GGACUAUCAAUCUGAUCUUCAUCUCAAACCCUCAAUUAUCUUUGCUUUGAAAAGAUCCAAUUUGCUCCAUCUAAGGUGAUUUACCAAACGUUUCAUCGAACUUGUAUAAACCCUCGUCACUUAUCACCAUGCCAUCGACCCUUCUCACCGGCGCCAAUUCCUUCCUAGCCGCUCAUGUAAUUAAUUCUCUGAUCAAGGCCGGCCAUCAUGUAACAGGCACUGUUCGCCGAGCUGCAGCUGGCGAUGCAAUUUUCGCUCUUCAUCCAGAGUGGAAGAGCCAUUUAGACAUUGUCAUUGUCGAGGAUAUUACCAACGAAGCCAGCUGGGAUUCGAUCUUUGAAGAAAAAAAAGGUUUUAAUCAUGUAGUUCACGUCGCUGCCCCUCUUCUUGACAAUCCAGCAAACACCGACUAUGAUCGAGACUUCCUCAAGCCAAGUGUAGAAGGCAACCUUGCGCUUCUCCGCUCAGCGAAAAAUAAUGCACCAAAUCUGAAGUCCAUUGUUGUUACCGGUUCUGUCAAUGCUUCUACCACUGGAUCACCCGAGGAGUUGUUGGCUGGUCCUCUGACCAAUUCCACCUGGCUUCCAAUUACACAGGAGCAGGCCCGCGCUAUGAACAACCCAUAUAUCUCCUACUGCUCGGGUAAGAAGGAAGGCGAGCUUGCCAUCUGGGACUUCGUAAAGGAAAGCGCGCCUAAGUUUUCUGUCACAGUGCUUCUUCCAGCGCUGAUUUUUGGUCCACCCAUCGAGCCACUAAAGGGCGGCGUUAAGGGUUUGCACUAUAGCAGCAACGUGAUUUAUAGCCUCUUCAAUGGAUCCAACUCGACUAUUCCGGCCACGACCUUCCCAAGCUAUAUUGAUGUUCGUGACCUGGCCGAUGCGCAUGUCAAGGCCCUCACCGAACCAAAAGUCGCGAAUAAGAGGCUUACCAUUGGGGGGAACAAAAUGACUUACACAGCUCUAGUACAUGCUCUUGCGAAGGUCCCAGCGCUCAAUGGUCGUUUACCUACUGAUAGCGGAGAGGACCAGAAAGUAAUUCCUGCUAACAUUAUAGCGGAGGAGGGCAACGAGGCACUUAAUAUGACGUUUAGGAGUCUAGAAGAGACAAUGGCAGAUACAGCAAAGAGAAUCUUGGAGCUGGAAGGGCAGCAAUGAAUUAGGAUUUAAUGCUUUACUUAGCGCAAUCUACUAUAUCCUUUCCUC